CUAAUCAGAGUAAAGCCAGAUUUAAAGAGAAAAAAAAGAAGAAAAAGUUCAAUUUCAGCGUGUUUUGAGUUUUCAGCUGUGGUUUUCAGCGCAGUACCUACCAAUUUACGAAUUUUCACACAUUUUCCCCCUUUUUUUGUCGAUUUUGAAAAUUGUGGUGAAUCUUGUUUUAACUUUUGUUUACUUACUAUAAAAUUGAGAAUAAGCUCAUGCCGAUAAAGACUACAGAAUCAAGAGUAAACAAAAAUAAAGUCGGUAUCAUGUAGUAAAGUGAAUUGAGUUACGAAAAAUUCAGUAUAUAUUGCAUAGCAUACGGAAAUUCGGGCAAGAAAGCAGCAUGCAGUCGCUGGGGUGUCGGGCCUGCGUGCGCGGACGCGCGGCGGCGCGGCGCGCGCUCAGCUCGGAAAGCCCGCUGCGGCGCCUGCUGCGCGACGCGGGCGCGCGCGGCGAGGCGGCGGGCGCGGGCGAGCUGCGCUGGGCCACGACGCCGUACGCCGACCGCGCCGCGCCGCUCGACGCCGCGCCGCCCGCCGCCGCGCCGCAGGACGCUGCCGUGCUGCUGUUCCCGGGCCAGGGCGCGCAGUUCGUGGGCAUGGGCCGCCGCCUGGAGCACACGCCCAAGGCGCGCGACCUCUACGACCUCGCCUCCAGCAUCGUCGGGUGGGACGUGUGGCGCGUGUGCACGGCGGGCCCGGCGGCGGAGCUGGAGCGGCGCGUGCAGGUGUGCGUGCUGAGCACGUCGCUGGCGGCGCUGGAGCGCGCGCGCGAGGAGCGGCCGGGCGCCGUGGAGCGCGUGCGCGCGGCGGCCGGCUUCUCGCUGGGCGAGCUGGGCGCGCUGGUGUUCGCGGGCGCGCUGUCGCUGGACGCGGCGCUGCGCCUGGCGCAGCUGCGCGAGGCGGCCAUGCGCGCGGCGGCGGCGGAGCGCGCGGGCGGCAUGCUGACGGUGUGGCUGGCGCCCGACGCGCGCCUGGGCGCGCUGCUGGCGGCGGCGCGGGAGCGCGCGCGCGCGCCCGACCUGCCCGAGCCCGUGUGCGAGGUGGCCAACUACCUGUUCCCCGGCUGCAAGGUGCUGGCGGGCGACGAGCGCGCGCUGCGCGCGGUGGAGACGGAGGGGCGCGCGUGGGGCGUGCGGCGCAGCGCGCGCGUGCGCGUGGCGGGCGCGUUCCACUGCGCGCUGAUGGCGCGCGCGGAGGCGGCGGUGCGCGAGGCGCUGCGCGCGCUGCCCGUGGCCGCGCCGCGCGUGCCCGUUGUGUCGUGCGUGGACGCGCGCGCCGUGCGCGGCGCGGAGGGCGCGCGGCGGCGGCUGGCGCGGCUCACGGCGGCGCCGGUGCGCUGGGAGCAGACGCUGCACGCGCUGUACGCGCGGCCGCGCGGCACGCCGCAGCCGCUGACGCUGGCGCUGGGCCCGGGCGGCGCGCUGCGCGCCACGCUCAAGCUGGUCAACGCGCCCGCCUGGGACGCCUCGCUGCAGAUCGACGUGUGACGUGUUGCCGACGUACCUACUUAGUGAUUAUUAUCUUGUUCAAUAAAAAUGUUUGAUACUG